AUGGACGAACUCCGCGAUUGCACCCAGUGGUCCAAAGCCGCCGUCCCCGUCUUCGUCGCCUCGCACCUCGUCCGCCAUCCUGUGUCUCCGGAGCAGAUCUCUACCGUCACAGCGAUCACCCGGCGCGCAAUCCUCGAUACGUACAGGCUGUUCUACCCCGAGCGGGAAACCGUCAUCGACAGGGAAUGCCUCUUCCUCUUGCGCGAGGAUCCCCGGCGUGCCGCGGUGGGGAGCCUACCGAGUCUGGCAUGGCCUCCGCCGGGGUACACCGAUGCGUUCUGGGAGAUCAUAGCCUCCAGGCUCGAAAUCGGGCACGGAAGCAAUGUCAUCGAGGUUUCUCGCCAAGUCUUUACAGUAUUGGUGGAUAGGCCGUACUUCGAUGCCCACAGUGUUAUGAAUAUUGCAGCUUUGAGUAUCUACCUCGCCUCAUGUUUGAGACAUUCUCCUAUAUCUUGCCGACAGAUAGCCUCAGCGACGGGUGCAAGUGAGGGUGACAUCCGCACCAUUUAUACAGUGUUCUAUCCUCAUCGAGAGGACCUUCUUGAAAAUCGAACGGUUGACAUUAGGCGGACCGACAUUUUCGAGAGUACCCUUAAUCUUUUGCCUCGAGAAGUGCCAUCACAUGUUGAGUAG